CAUCAUGCACUUCAGAUCCUUUAUCUCAUAAGGCUGAGCUUGAAAGCGAGAACAUUUUUGAAACAUUUAAUAACAUGAAACCUUGUAUGGCAUUUAUUCAAACCAGGAAUUGGCAUCUUGUACAUUGUGUCACUGUGUUUCUUCUAAUAUGUGGAGAUUGUACCAAGGCAUUUGAGAUCAAUACUCAAAACCAGAUGAACAGAAAUGUUUCAAAGGGAGAGAAUGUUAUUUUACACUGUGAUGGAAAUCGGACUAGUAAAUCUGAAGAUAUUGGCUGGCGUAAAGACAAGAUUCUUCUUUUUAACUACAGCCCAGUAAUAAACCAAACUGUGAUCAGCUACACAUCAGACAGGAUGUAUGUUGACCCACAAAAUCCAAGAAAACUACAGAUAUCUGAUGUACAGCCUUCAGAUGCAGGAUUAUACUCAUGUUUUCCAUUUGACAAGGAGUGGAUAUUGAUGGUAACAGAUGGUAAUUCAAAAGGUAACUCAACACAACCAUUAAAGCUAAACACCGAAGUCUUCACACUCACCUCAGUUACAGGAGCUGUUGCAAUUGGUCUCAUCAUCUUCUGUACUGUGUGUAUUCACAGUUUUUCAUACAGGAAAUGGAAAAAGAAAGUGAACAUCACUCCACAUGGAGGAGGAAUGAACAACAAUCAGAGCACCAACUAUAUUGAGAGACUUAACUCAGUUUAUGGACAAUAUCAUAUCUGAAGAUUGAGAAUAAUCUGAAGAAUAUUGCAGGUACACUUUACCUGUAUAUGCAUAAUCCAUUGCAUUGCUUUGCUGACAUUUGAUUGAACAACAAUGACAAAACAAAACAUAGUUAUAUACAUAAAAUACACACAGAAAGAUCAUUAAUGUGGCACUGAUGUUGGGUGAGGGGGCAGUACUGUAGGUGUUUCAGUUCAUCCCAAAGGUGUUCAGUGCGAUUGAAGUCAGGGCUAAGUGCAGGACAUGUGAGAUCUUCCAUAUCAGCCUUGGCAAAAUGUGUUCAUGUGUACUGUCAAGCUGGAACAUUGACUGGGUCUCUUAGUAGCAGUGAAGGUAAAUUGUAAUUUUACAGCAUACAAAAACAUUCUCUACAAUUGUCUGGGGAAGAAGCACAUAUCAUAUGUGAUGGACAGCUCUCCACAUACUUUUGUAUAUACACAUCUUUAAUAAAUGUUUAAAUUAUUUGUAAAGUUAUUCAUUUGAAUAAAUGCUAAUUGUUGAUGAUCGCUGAACAAUUAACAAAUGCUUGUUUAAAAUGAAACAUUAAAUGUUUUUAUAAAAUAAUAUUUUAUGAAUAUGAUAAAAUACUGAAAAUUAAAAAAAUAUUUCUUUGUAGUCUUUGUCAACUAAUCCUUCAAGAAAUUUCUUAACUAUACUUGAUAAAA